UCUCUGUCUGUCAGUCUCUCUUUCUGCCCCACAUACACACUCACAUAAACACACACACUGGUUCUUGUCAGAGGAGGAGCGACAUCAACGUCGGGUUACUUUCUGCUUCUCUUUCUGCUUCAUUGUGUCGACAGAGGUGAGAGUAACAUGGACAAAUCGACUCCAGCUCAUCCAUGCCAUUCACAGCAGCAAAGGUAUUGCAAAAAUAUGUCUUGAGCCUGACACAUCUGUGAAAGACAUUUUCAAGACCAGACAGAAUGGAGUCUCUAAAUUCAUCCACCAACAUCAGCAGUGAGGAUCAAAUCAGUAUCUUCUCUGAAAGCCCGUACGCAACUUGGGAGAUAGUGCUCAUCAUCCUGGUGGCUGGGUCGUUGAGUCUGAUCACUGUCAUCGGAAACAUCCUGGUCAUGCUCUCCAUAAAGGUAAACAGGAACCUGCAGACUGUCAACAACUACUUCCUGUUCAGCCUGGCCUGUGCAGACCUCAUUAUUGGCAUCUGCUCCAUGAACCUCUACACGGUCUAUAUCGUGAUUGGCUACUGGCCCUUGGGUGCGGUGGUGUGUGACCUGUGGUUGGCUGUUGAUUAUGUUGUCAGCAAUGCUUCAGUCAUGAACUUGCUCAUUAUUAGCUUUGAUCGUUACUUCUGUGUCACCAAACCGCUCAGCUACCCAGCACGCCGCAGCACCAAGAUGGCUGGCUUGAUGAUUGCUGCCGCCUGGGUUUUGUCCUUCAUCCUGUGGGCUCCUGCCAUUUUGUUUUGGCAGUUUAUCGUAGGAGGGAGAACUGUGCCUGAAGGUAUGUGCUACAUCCAGUUCUUCUCCAAUCCAGCGGUGACAUUUGGGACAGCCAUAGCUGCUUUUUACCUGCCAGUGGCCAUCAUGAUCUACCUCUACUGGCGCAUCUCUAAGGCCAGCCGCAGCCGGAUGAGGCGGGACAGCAGGAAGACUUCAGGCACCAGUUUGGGAGAAGCUGCAUCUCACAGCCAGGAGGAGGGAUGUGAGGUUCAGAACUGCAAUACAACGAAAGAGGUGCAGAAGGAGGCCAAAGAACCGAAAGAGAAGGAAAUGUUGCAGCAGCAGAAUGGAAGUGGACCCUGCAAGGAGGAAAACCCUGAUCAUUUGGAGGCCAGUGCAGACAACAUCCAGGCUUCAACAUCCAGAAGCAUAGCCACAGCAGCUGCUGCAUUUCGUAAAGCAUCAAUUACUUGGAAAAAGCCUGACCAACCACAACCACCUUCACCUGAGAACUCAGCUGCUGACAGACAAACUCUCGUCACAAAGACAAUGUUUAAGGUGGUAGCAAAGCAGAGCGCUAUAGCAAAGUGGAAAAGGAAAAGCACUUCUUCCAGGGAGAAAAAGGUGACACGCACCAUCAUGGCCAUCCUGGUCGCUUUUGUGAUCACAUGGACGCCGUACAAUGUGAUGGUCCUGAUCAACACCUUCUGCUCCAUCUGCAUCCCAAACUCCCUGUGGACCAUCGGCUACUGGCUCUGCUACAUCAACAGCACCAUCAACCCGGCCUGCUACGCCCUCUGCAACGCCACCUUCAAAAACACCUUUAAACACCUGCUUCUUUGCCAAUACAAGAAAAUACGGACAGCGAGGUGAAGUGGAAUAUCCUGACUAAAAGUAUUUUUGAAAUGUACAUUAGACUAGUAUGGUACAGAGAUUUUUUUUACUGAGCCCUUACUUAAAUUUCUUUUCAAUGAUAGCAUUUAUUCCCACUCCCAUUGAAAGGAAACUGAAAUAAUGACACUGUACAUUUACUAAUACACUGCAAGACUGUGACUUUAAAAAGACUUUGUGAGUAUACAUAGUUUCAAUAUGAAUGCUGUCUUUUGCAAAUAGUUUGUUGUAAAAAGUACAUUUGACUCUGGGUGUAGAGUUUGUGUGGUACUUGGGGGGUGGGGUGGGGGGGGUAUUUUCCUCUUGCUCCUCCUGUGUGACCUAGUGCAGUAUGAUGUUACACAUGUAAUUUUUAUUAGUCAUAUUGUGGUUAAUGUGAUUGUUUUGUGAUCAAUGCAAUGCAAUACAGUAUAUGUUUUACCUUUGUCUAGUAUAGGAAUGUAGUAUACACCAAAAAAAAGACAUUGCAUUAUUGACACAUCAUUCCACAAAUCAUUAGGACUGACAAUGAGCUGUGAAACAAUGAAAGUCACAUGAAAAAUGUAUUUUCAUAUAGAGUUGUAAAGGGACAAAAUAAAAAGAGCAGGUGUGAUGUUAUGUGUAUGUAUACAGGCAUGUAUAUGUGUGCAUGCUUUCUCUUUGGGUAGAUUAACUCACUUUUUAUGACAAAUCUAGCCCAUAUUGUAUAUAAUGCAACCAGAUGUGAUACUUGUCCAUAUGUUAUCUUCUCUGUGUAGAUGUUUUCCUUAAAAAUAAAAAUGCAAUGUCAAAA